GAAGAAUCAUUUGAGACGAGGAAUAACAUACAAGGAUGAUGGUUGUCAUGGUGUAUUAGUACCAAGUCACAUGUUUGCAAACUUGAUUCCUUACCUUAUGAAAGCAGCAAAGGAACGAGGAUGCACCAUUGACUUCCGUAACAUAGAACUACUGGAAAACGCCAAAAAGGAAGAACACUCCAUUCUGAGACGUGUACUCAGGCAAGAUUAG